GCCCGUCCUUUUUCGCUAGUCGGAAGUCCCCUAUCCUUUUCAAUUUCUCCUCGGCCCGCUCUCCCCGCCUCUCUCUCUCUCUCUCUCUCUCUCUCUUUCCUGGACAGAGGCAGAUGGCGCCUAAGUCCGACAGCGUUGAAGGUAUUGUGCUGAACUUUGUAAAUGAGCAAAAUAGACCACUGAAUUCACAAAAUGUUGCCGAUGCUUUGCAAAAGUUCAGCCUUAAAAAGACUGCUGUCCAGAAAGCAUUGGACACUCUAUCUGAUAGUGGACAUAUUUCAUUCAAGGAGUAUGGUAAACAGAAGAUAUACCUUGCUCGGCAAGAUCAAUUCGACAUUCCCAACAGCGAAGAGCUUGAUCAGAUGAAAAAAGACAAUAGCAAAUUGCAAGAGGAGUUGGAAGAUCAAAAGAAGGUAAUAGGUGAGGUAGAAGCAGAAAUUCGAGCCUUGCAGUCAAACCUAACACUGGAGCAAAUACGUCUGAAAGAAGCUAAACUGAAAAUUGAGGUCAGAGAAAUGGAGGAAAAACUCAAUAAAUUGCGUGGAGGGACAACUUUGGUGAAGCCGGAGGACAGAAAAGAAGUCCAAGAUAAGUAUUCGGAGAAAAUCAAUCAGUGGAGAAAGCGUAAAAGGAUUUUCAAAGACCUAUGGGAUUCUAUUACCGAAAACACACCUAAGGACCUCAAAGAAUUCAAGGAUGAACUUGGAAUCGAAUAUGAUGAAGAUGUCGGGGUGAAUUUGCAGUCUUACAGCGAACUAAUGGCCAUUGGAAGGAAGCGAAAGAUGGGUCAGUGAUUCUUCUGCUCUGGUAACUCUCCACACCUGGAUCCUGCGAAUAUUAGACUUGCUAUAGCUUCCUUGAGCUCGUCGGGGCAGUCUCUAUGAAGCAACCAUCAUCAAAUAGGAAACAAUGAGGAAGAAACCAGAGAAGAUCAUAUGUAAAAGCUGUCAGAUUUGUAUCAAGACUUCCUUGUUGUGGUCGACUGGAAAAUUUACUUUUGGUUUUCGAUGAGCACAACCCUUUCCAUCAAUACAUGGCAGUACCCUUCAAUCAUAAUGAACGUGUCCAACAUGUUCUGAUCAUUGAUCACAUGCUCGACCUGAAACAAAGAAACAACAGUUGGUCCUAUAUCAGAAGCUCAAUUGAUUUGCAUAAAGAGAUUAACGAGCUUUUUUUGCAGCACACAUGCCAAUGUUUCACGCAUGUGCAAGAUCUGGGUUGCUGAUUAGAUCAAACAUGCACUGACCCAAAUACAAGUCCACUCACCAGGUUGAAUGGAGACUGACUGUUGCUCAUUCCUUUGUAACUAUCAAUUAUUCUC